AUGAAAGUGCUAAACAGCACGAAUGUUGGUUUAAAGAAUAUGGUGUCCCUGGCACAAGCCAAAGCCAUAGACAGUGCAGCAGCCAUCGCUGUGCGUUACCCUGUGGCCGUGGGCCUCAACAAGGGACACAAAGUCACCAAGAACGUGAGCAAACCGAGGCCCAGCAGCCGCCACCGCAGGCGCCUCACCAAGCACACCAAGUUUGUACGGGACAUGACCCGGCAGGUGAGUGGCUUCACGCCCUACAAGCAUCAUCAGGCCAUGGAGCUGCUCAAGGUCUCCAAGGACAAGCGCCCUCAAGUUCAUCAAGAAAAUGGUGGUGCUAAGAGGAAGGGAGAACUCAGCAAUGUGGUGGCCACUACGAGGAAGGCAGCUACCAAGAAGGACUGA